AUGAAGUUCCCAAAAUGUCAACACGAAGCAUGCCGCGAGAGUGCUACUUGCUACUUAUCAAAGAAGAAACUGUAUCUUUGACAACAUCACAGCUUUACUCAAUAUCCUGAAGAGGAUUCAUCUCAUCUUGUAGAUGACUCUACUAUCGAAAUGAAUCUGGAAACUAUAGAAAUCUGCAGAAAAGAUUUUCUAUCAUUCAUUCAAAUGAAUAAUAAUGGAAGUAUCCCAACAGAUGAAGAUUUUCUAAGCACAAAUGUGAGAGAAGAGCUCGAACGCAUCUUUGAUAAACUAAAGGAAGCCCAAGAAGCCCAGAAGUAUUACAAGUUCCUAAAGCUACAUAAAUAAAACUUUGAAGGUUAAAGAUCUCUUACUAAAGAAUGAGCUUUAUGCUGAGUUCUUGAUGAGCAGGGCUUGGAGUCAAUCACUUGCAAUAGUGAAGGGUGAAUCUUUGAAGAGUUCUGAGCUUAUAGAAAUGGAGCUAAAAGUCAAGUAUAUUGCAACAUUUGACACAAUGUCCCAGAAGUUCAGAGAAUUAAGAAAUGACAUCAAGAGAAGACAUCAACAAGAAAGGUUUUAACUCGGAGCUGGCAUUGGAAAUGUCAAUGACUCAAAACUUUAACAAAGAGCUCGAAGACCAACGCAAAUUACACUACGAAGAACUUGAUCAGAAAAAGAGACAAUACAAAAACAAAAGGAGCCUGCUAAAACAGAAAAUUAAUGAACUAAAGGAAAUUAAAGAAGCACUUGAAAAAUAACUUGGCUAGCCUAACAGAAGAGAAUAAAGAAAAAGACUCAGCAUUGCAUGCGCUCCAGAAUAUUCUUAUUAUCAAAGAAGAAGAACUUAAGAUCUCUCAACAGAAGAAGGAGGACAUUCAGGCAGAUUAUGAAAACAUGAAGCAGACACUAAUCCCCAACCUCGACUUCUCCAAGUACUCUGCCCUAAGUCUCCUCUACAAAAUCACCACAGGCCAAUCCAACCAGAUAACUCCUAGCACCACCCUAGAACUGAACCUCAGCAACCCCAAACACUCCAAAUUCCUAGGAUCCCUACCCACCAAAAUGUUAGAUGUAUGCAGCCUAAGUCUUGACCAUAUCCCUGCAGAUUGCCAAGAAGCUAACAUUUUUCUGACCGACUGGUUUCCGAACGAAGUAGGGUGAUUCUAUUUUAACUGUGGGUCUGAGUUGAGACCAAUAGGGGGUUACAUGGAUGGAUUGGUGCGAGUGAGUAAAAGAGUGAGAGGGCAGAUGUGUGUUUAUGAUUUUGAAGUUUCUCAGGAUCAACUGGUCCUCCUCUUCUCUGCCAACAGAGCUCUAAAGACGUUUGGGUUUGAAUGGUGCAAACUUGAUCUUUCUUCUGUUCCUAAUUUUAGAGGGAGCCUUGCUGGAAGUACAAUACUAGCACUAAGUUUGGCAGGCUGAGGAAACUCUUUGUACUGAGACUGGGGCAACAAUGAUUUCCACUUUGAAAACCUAAUAAUUGGUCUUUCUAAAGAGAAAAAUUUUAGGAAGAAACUGAGAAAAAUUGAUAUGUUCGAGUGUGGAAUGCAGAUGAAUCAGGUUCAGAAAAUUUUGACUGAUCAUGGUUUUAAACAUGUUGAAAUUUUAAUGUAAUCAAAGUAGAGUUCAAAAUAGGAUUGUUGAAAUGAACAAUUUUACUCGCAUUAAGUCAGGAAAUAUCAUUAGUAAAACUUUUACAAUAUAAUACAAUUC